CACAAGCCAAGCAAUGGCAGCGAAUACACUCAUACUUCUCAUAGCGAUCAUCGCGUCGUUGUGUUUGGUUGAGGCGGCAAAAAUAUUGGCAAUCUUCCCGGUGCCUUUGAAACAACACCAGCUUGUCUACCGGCCGCUAAUCGAAGAGCUUGCAAACCGUGGCCACGAGAUAGUGCUAGUAACAACGGAUCCUAUUGAGACGAACGAUCGUACCAAUGGAUCGCUCGAUCGUAUACAGCAGAUUGAUCUUAGCUUCGCCUAUCAGCUACCGGUGUUGGAGCAGCUGGGAAGAGAUGGGCUAGAUGGGCGUGACAUGCUGCGAAACAUCUUCGAUGUAAUGCGUACGAUUUCGGCUGAAGAACUGCAACAUCCCGCCAUGAAGCAGCUUAUCAACUCGGCCAAGCCAACGGAGCAAGAAACCGGAACAUGUAUGGAUGCGAAGUGUAAUCUGUUCGACGUCGUCAUGGUGGAAUGGUGCGGUGUUACGCUGAUGAACGCGUUUGCGGAACACUUCCGUGCACCGCUCGUAGGCAUCGCCAACGGGGGAGCUUUUAUCAAUGCGCACGAAGCACUCGGCAAUCCUAACCACCCGAUCGGAUAUCCUAGCAUCUUUAUGCCGUUCAGCGAAGAUCUGAGCCUGUUGCAGCGCAUCUCGAGCGUACUAUUCACCGUCUGGUACAGAUUAUACUACUACACAGAAGAGAUCCCAGCCCAGAACCUGAUUGCGCAGAGCAACUUUGGCGAUCACAUUUCCGAUCUGCGUCAUAUAGAGCAGAAUGCCGAUUUGCUGUUGAUCAACGCGUAUCAGCAGCUGGGAAACGUACGUCCAGUUGGACCGACGACCGUAUACCUCGGGGGCAUUCACCAAACCCGCUCUACCAACGUUGGUGCGGAGCUACCGGAAGAUCUUAACCUUUUCCUGGCCGAAUCGGACGAACCGGUUGUGUACGUCAAUCUGGGCGCUUCGCUCGGUGGCAUCGCCGGAAGGGUACGCAUAGAAAAAAUUGCCAAAGCACUCGAGCACCUCGAUUUGGCAAGCGUUUGGGCACUGGACGACGUUAUGGAUCUCAUCAACAGUACUGGGCGCAUCUAUCAAUCUCACAACGUACCACAGGAGUCCGUUUUAGGACAUCCAAAAGUGCGAGCAUUCGUCACGGAUGGUGGCCAAAUGAAUGUAGAAGAUGCCAUCCAACAUAAAGUGCCUGUCGUUGGCAUCAGCUACUCAACCUCGUACGAUCAUUAUCUGCGCCAAAUAGUCAAGUAUGAAGCUGGCAUCAUCUCACUCAUCGACUUCGAAACACAAACAUUCGUGGAUAAACUGCGAGACGUCCUAACGAACGCAAGAUAUCAAGAAAACGUUAACAAACUGCACCGCUUGCUCAACGAUCAGCCCCAAACGUCGAUGGAGCGUGCCGUUUGGUGGAUCGAAUAUGUGGCACGUAACGGUGGAACGAAACCGUUACACGUGCGCCAUCUAUCGUGGUUCGAGUACCUGCUGCUGGACGUGCUGCUAGUGGUUGGUGUCUUGGCUACACUCGUGUGCUCGUUGAUAGCGUACGGAAUUUAUCGAGCAGUUCGCUACUCGAAAAGCUUACCGAUGGAAAUGGUAACGCGUGGUAGCCGCAAGUGCAAAUUAAUGUAAAACUUUAGUG